AUGCCGCCACCGAAUGCUGCGACCUCUGGCGCCGCCGGGCUUCUGCGGCGCCAGCUCAAGCAAAUGCAAAUCGACAAGGACAUCCCCGGCAUCUCCUGUGGGCUCGUCGACGACAACAACAUCUUCCAGUGGGAGGUCAUGCUGAUGAUUAGCGACGAUGUCAAGUACUAUGGAGGCGGCAACUUCCGCGCCCACCUCACAUUCCCGUCCGAGUACCCGCUACUUCCCCCCAAGCUCACCUUCCAGUCACCGAUACCAUUCCACCCGAACGUCUACCCCAACGGUGACCUCUGCAUCUCCAUUCUCCACCCGCCCGAGGAGGACCGGUUCGGCUACGAGGAGGCCGGCGAGCGCUGGAGCCCCGUGCAGACACCCGAGACCAUUCUGCUGAGCGUCAUCAGCCUGAUCGCCUGCCCCAACGACGAGAGCCCGGCCAACGUGGAGGCUGCACGGCUCUUCCGCGAAGAGGUCGCCGGGACCAGCCGCGAGUUUCGCCGUCGCGUGCGGCAGUGCGUCCGCGAGAGCCUGGGCGAGGAGUGA